UUUAUGAAUAGUUUAUCAUUUCUAGAGAGAGGAGAUUUAGUUGGGGAUUCUCUCUCUCUGGCUGCGCUAGCUGACCUACCUGAACCUGCAAUGUCGUCUUCAAAUCGCUCUCUCAAGGAGGUUGGUAAGAAGAGUGGAGGUAAAACAGAUUGCUCUCUCAAUGAGGUUGCAUUAGGGGACAUAAUAUGGAUUAAAUCACGUCGUUUAUCAUGGUGGCCUGCACAGGUUGCUGAUCCGAGUGCUGUGAGCAAGAACAAGAAACCUAGGAAAAAAUCCAGCAGUCAAGUCCUUGUUCGAAUCUACGGAAGUUAUAUAUACAAGUAUGUGGAUCCCGUGAUAUGCCGCUCAGAAUUCAAGAAGAUACUUGAUCAAAAUAAUGGUAGCUACAGCAGUAUCUUUGAGAAAAAUUUAGAACGGGAUAUGUGUCGCAGCCAAUCUGGCAUCACAAAGAGGAAAGUGUCAAGUUCUAAAGACAAGAAGACUCAAACAACUGAAGCUGCAACGCCAAAGAAAAUCAAACCAAAUGAUUUCAGUCCUUCAACUGAUAUGGGUCGCAGCCAAUCUGGAAGCAGAAAGAGGAAAGUGACAAGUUCUAAAGACAAGAAGACUCAAACAACUGAAGCUGCAACGCCAAAGAAAAUCAAACCAAAUGAUUUCAGUCCUUCAACUGAUAUGGGUCGCAGCCAAUCUGGAAGCAGAAAGAGGAAAGUGACCAGUUCUAAAGACAAGAAGACUCAAACAACUAAAGCUGCUACACCAAAGAAAAUCAAGCCAAAUGAUUUUAGCCCUUCAAAUGAUAUGGAUCACAGCAAAUCUGGCAGCAGAAAGAGGAAAGUUUCAAGUUCUAAAGACAAGAAGACUCAAAUAACCGAAGCUGCAACACCAAAGAAAAUCAAGCCAAAUGAUUUUAACCCUUCAAAUGAUAUGGGUCGCAGCCAAUCUGGCGGCAAAAAGAGGAAACUGUCCAAUUCUAAAGACAAGAAGACUGCAGCACCUAAGAAACUCAAGCCAAAUGAUAUUAGUCCUUCAACUGGAAAUUCAUUGGCUGAAAAAUCACAAGGUGUAAGUGCAAGAAGGAUUAAGAUAAUGCAGUCGCUAGGAUUGAUUGCUCCUUUAGGAUCUCCAUUCAGCAAGGUUUAAGAUGAAUUUUAGGAGAAAGUUGUGUUCUUGACGAUGAUACAUGAUGGUACUUCUUUUUUAAGGUUUCUUCCUUUAGAGAAGUGUAACAGUUUAUGUAAUGGGUGUUUAUUAUUAUUCCUGAAAAACUAGAUCAGGUUGUGCUCAACUGCACAAGGAUUUGUUAGGGUUUUAAAUAGCAGAUUCAGAUUAUUUUUUUUAAAUGUGGAAAUUUUGUUAAAAGAUAGAGACAAAUACUUUUCAAAUAAAU